AUGUCGUUGCAGGCCAACAUUGCUAGUCAGAGCUGCCUGCUUUUCGAUUUCCUGUCCAUUGAGCCUUUGGACUACCAUGGUUUUGGGCUUCAUGUGUUGGCCACCACGCCUGAGCGGAGGGCCACCUUGGCGCAGGUGCAAAGCAAUGCCCUGAACUUUUGGAUGGACAAACUCCGAGGCAUCAGUUGUGACCAGUGUGAGUCCAUCUUGCUCACAGUGCCACAAGCUUGGACCCCGAUUGAUGCUGCUGCGGCAUUGACCUUUGACUGUGCGGACGAGUCAAUUUCCAACAAGACUGGCAUCAACACUAGGAGCUUGCUUGACAUGCAGAAGUUCAUUGCCUGCAGCUCGCUACUUCACAAUCCCAGUUUCGACAACAAGGCCAAGCAGCAAUUGAAGAUUGUGGCAAGUGGCACAGCCUACAGUGCCCGCACCUCUUUGGUCUUCAAAAGCAGUGAGCCUUUGAGGCGCAUGUGGCAGCGAGUCGUUGAAAUCUCCAAGACAAUCAUUGACCUCAAGUCUGCAGCCAGCAAGGCAGUUGUCUUGACCAAGGCAUGUGCAGAAGUUCAAGCUGCCAUGGAAAGUCUGGAGCCAGUGACAGCCAGCAUCAUGGAGAAGUUUGAAAGCUUGACGGAGGUCCCAGAUUGCAAAGCCCUCUUGGAGGGGGCGGAUUCGCUGCCUGAGUCAGAUGUUCAGAUCAGGGAUGACUUGUGCAAUGCCCUGCAGAACUUCAAGGCAAAGUCUCCAUCCAUGACAGAUAGUGCCAAGACCUACCAGGAUUUCAUGCUCGCGCAAUGGCUUCCGGAUCAAGAUGGCACCAACUCCGAGCAGGGCACU